UGGCGCUUCGUACGACAACGACGACGGCGACGACGAGGAGGAGCCUAAGUUUUGCUGGGAUUUGGCGUGUAAAUUGAUUGGCACUCUGCUGCUGUUGCUGUUGCUUCUCCGUUGAUUGUGCAAAUUACGUAAAUUUGUGUGUUUUUGUUAUUAAUAUUUAAAUACUUUACGUAGUAAUUGUGUAGUUAGUUGAGGACUUGUGCGGCGUGCCAGAAACAUUCGCGAGUCGCGUUUUGGGCAAUUAUUCCAGAGUAAAUCUCCCAAAAGUCUAACGCGGAGAGAGAGCAAGAGAUAAAACGUUCUGAAUCACUCGGAGAAUAAAUAAAAAGUGCAAGCAGCGCACGUCCGACAUCGGCAGCGGCAGCGACGUCAGCUGUUUCUCCCCCCAACCUCACCAUUGGUUGUUGCUCUUGAGACCUUACGUAUUACGUAGUAGUUAGUAGUCGUUUAUCUCCAACUAGUUUUUUUCGUUUUCGCUCUCUUCUGUUGUGUUCUGUUUUGGUUGCCAUUCGUGUGCCUGGUUCUUGCCUGUUGUGCUUUUUGUUGCCUUAUUUGUUGCAAUGACUUCGUUGACAUUGUUUUGCUUUCUGAGACGUUCUGCGGUCACUGGCGACGCGGCAUACGCCUACGCCAGUGCUGCCAAUCGGCGGUGCGUUCAAACGCUUCAACGGCGCCCCUCCUGUAGGCGGCAUGCAACAACAGCAGCAGCAGCAGCGGCAGUCCCAAAUGCAAAUGCAAAUUCAGGCGACUUUGCUCCGCUGCUCAGAGGUUCUACCAGAAACAUGGCGUCUUCUGCUCCCAAACUGGUGGCCGUUGCCGAGUCCCGGCGCUUCAUGAUCGACUGCUUCAAGGCGGUGAAGGUGCCCCAGGCCCAUGCCGAGGCCCAGGCCGAUCUCCUUGUGGCGGCCGAUCAUCGGGGACACUUCAGCCACGGCAUGAAUCGCCUGGAGAUGUACAUCAACGAUCUGGCCAUCAACUCCACGGACGGCGGGGCAGAGCCCAAGAUUCUAAAGGAGACGCCCUCCACCGCCUGGGUGGAUGGACUCAAUGGUCUGGGCGCUGUGGUGGGCAACUACUGCAUGGAUCUGGCCAUCAAGAAGGCCAAGGCAGUGGGCGUUGGCUGGGUGUGUGCCAAGGGAUCGAACCACUACGGCAUGGCCGGCUGGUAUGCCAUCCGAGCCAUGGACCAGGGCCUCGUCGGAAUGUCCAUGACGAACACGUCGCCGCUGAUGGCCCCCACACGCGCCAAGGAGUCUGCUCUGGGCACCAAUCCCCUCUCCCUGGGCGCACCCGCCACGAACGGUGACAAGUUCCUGCUGGACAUGGCGACUACAGCCGUGGCUGUGGGCAAGAUUGAGAUCCAGCGCCGCAAGGGUGCCGCUCUGCCCGACGGCUGGGCCCAGGAUCCCAAUGGCAACAUCACAAACGACGCCGAAUUGGGCUUCAGCACCGGCUGCCUGAUGCCCUUGGGUGGAUCGGAGUUGACCUCCGGCUACAAGGGUUACGGUCUGGGUGCCAUGGUGGACAUCCUUACCGGCGUCAUGUCCGGUGCCCAUUACUCCACGCAGGUGCGCAAGUGGACGCACGCUGGUGCCGAUUCGGCGGCAGAUCUCGGCCAGGUCUUCAUUGCCGUUGAUCCCAACUGUUUCGCGCCCAACUUUGAGGAGCGCAUGACCGAUUUCAAUGCCCGCCUCAGGGGUGUUGAGCCGACUGAUCCCAGCAAGCCUGUUCUGCUGGCUGGCGACAAGGAGAGCCAGAACAUGGCGUCCGUUGACGCUGCCGGCGGCAUUCAGUAUCUGGAUAAUCAGCUGAAGACCUGCGCCUCCUUGGCAGACAAGUUGAACAUUAAGCCGCUGGCCUUUAACUAGCGAGGGAGACGGCGACCGUGCCUCCUCUGUGUCAUUCAUUGCCAUAGUAUGCUGGAGAAGCUUCUGCAUUUUGCCUGACCAAAGCACAGCGUUAUUUAGUGCCUAAGUUCUGACCACAUAUCCGAUCCGUUGGUGUUCUGUUGUAGUUCUACUACAUAUAUGCAACAAUUUGUUUUGCCAUGAAAUAUUUGAUAUUAUGAUAUUAAUUACGAGCAAUAAAUAAUAGAGUACAGCUAUUAA